AUGGCGGAGAGCGCGCCUUUAGAGGCAAGCAAGCGACGGCGCCAGCUCAAGGCACGGCGUCCCCCGGCAGCGCGCCUCCUCCAACACAGCAGCGCGCCGGCGACGCCCCUGCGGACGCCGCACUGCGACGCGGGCAAGACCUCUGACGCGGACAUGCGCGAGGCCGAUGGCAAUGCCUCUUCUGACAUGAACAUGGAGGGCGCUCCUGAGUUCAAAACGCCACGCCACGCGACGCUGGAGGACGAGGAGGUCGACCUCCCUAGUUUCCUGGUCCCUGAACGCCCACCGCACUGGAAGCUGCCGGCUCCGCCGAAUCUCAAGACCAACGCGUAUCUCGUGGGAGUCUCCGGGAUCGUGAACGACAUUCGUGCGGUCGCGUUCGCCAUGGAAGGCUACGGCGACGCGACUACGCUGGUCGGCAUCGAGGAGCUCUCCGACGAGGAUCUUCAGGGGUUGAAGGAAGUCUGUGGCGCCGACGCUGGGAUCGAUAUCCUAUGUCCACGUCGUUCGCCUCUUUCGGCAUUCGAGCUGGACAACACCCUGAAUUCCAUCGGUAUUCGACGCGAGAUGGCUUCACUCCUGCGUCACUUCAACAGCAGAAGGCUCGCUGAACGCGUGUUCAAGAUGACUGGUUACCUGCGUCGCGUCCUUGAAGCCUAUAGGCACAUGCGUUCCCUGGCUGAUUCCCAGCAGGGUGCUUCCGCUGUCCAAGACACGGUCGACACGCGGCGCAAGUACAAGGAAUGGAAGCGCUCCUGGAAAUUCACAUCUGCGUUGCAGGAGCAGAAGGCGCGAUACCAGGACGAGAUUGAUUCCCUGGAAUCCGAGAAGGCGCAGCUCAAGACGCGCCUGGCGGACUCUGAGGCUCAGGUGCGGAUCCUGAAAUCGCGACUCGAGUCUGCUGCUGUGGAUCCCUGGAAGUUCUCUGACUUCUUGCAGGAACACACUGAAUUCACGGGUAAUUGGGAGCGUCUCCACGACCUCUUCAAGUUCUGCAUCAAUGACGCGAAUCCUCCUGGAUCCUGGGGCACAGUCAUCAACGUCACGGCCAUGGACAAGCGCAAGGCUGCGGUGGCCCCGUAUCCAGAGAAAAGUACGCGUAUGCCUCCGUCUUCAGGGUCUGGAUCGUCCAGUCGUCCUGAAAUUCUGGAUCUCAUGGGUCCUGCCAGCAAGUCUCGCAGCGGUUCGAAGACCGGGGGCAAAACUCAGGAUUCCAAGAAGUCUCAGGGUUCCAAGAAGGGUCAAGGCUCCAGUAAAUCACGGGACUCUGAAGCGCCAGACACACAGUCGAAGUCCGCAAGCUCCAAGGUUCACAAGGUCCAGCGUCGUCCCAAGAAUCAUCAGCCUGGCCGCGACUCUGUGCGUCGCGCCGGCGAGAAGACUGUGGUGCCCAAGGAGGCCGCACACACGAUGCUCCCUGGGGGUGUCGUCUGGAAGGUAGUUCGGCCAGACGUGCGUCAGGCCAUUCUUGCUGGGCUCAAACUCCCUGGAGCAAACUCCACGGUGGACGACAUUGAGAACGACCCCGACUACAAGCCUCCUGCUCAAGACCCAGAGGAAGACACCAGCAGAAGUUCCGAGGAGGAAGAGCCCCUGAAAUUCAGUGCAACUCAGGAGACCAAGGCCCCUACGCGUCCCAAGAAACCAUCGACGCUCGCUCGCAAGUCAUACGCAGAGCUCACCGUUGAAGACUUGAGGACAGCCGAGGUCCCCGAAGAUGACGAGACCUCCUGGCGCAUCCACGGUAUCCUGGUGUUGUAUCCAAGCUCGACCAAGAGUGCGUCCUGCCAGACUCCUGGGUUUCCAGAGGUAUUCUACUUCCACGAGCGAAGCUUGCUCACAGCGAAGGCACUCAAACUGGUGGAGGACAUCGUGGACGCCAUGCGCAAGCACGCACAAGCAAUCUGGGAACGGGGACACUGGGUGCCCAUCCCAACCGAGGCCACGGCAGAUAUCCGCAUGGAAUCGCAGCGCAAGGCCCGUCGGAAUGCACUUCGCGGAGCGUUCAAGACACUCAUGGAGCGCUCUCACAACACCCCUGGAUUCAUACCCUCGUUACUGCACGAGCCAGGUCUCUGGAAGAUUCCUGACAAGUGCUGCCACUGGAUUUGGGAGGAUCCCAGGGCCACGGUUCUCGAGGGGCCCAUGUGCUAUGACUUGGAGACCCAGCUUGCUGCGUUGGACAUGCGCGAGCCGGCUCGGGUGCACUGGAACAUGUCGCGUAGGAACACGCAGUAA